AUGAGCUGCUCCUCCAGCUGCCAGCCCUCCAUCUGCGUGCCCGUCAGCUGCAAGCCGGUCACCUGCAAGCCCGUCGUGUGCCUGGUGCCCUCUCAGUCCUCCGGGGGCUGCCAGCCUCCCUGCCAGUCCUCUGGCGGCUGCCAGCCCAUGAUGGUGUGCAAACCCAUCUCCUGCGGGCCCCCUGCCUGCUGCGUGCCGGUCAGCUGCAAGCCCGUCGUGUGCCUGGUGCCCUCUCAGUCCUCCGGGGGCUGCCAGCCCAUGAUGGUCUGCCAGCCCUCCCAGCCCUCCUGCCAGCCCUCCUGCCAGCCCUCCUGCCAGCCCUCCUGCUAG